GUAUGCAAAGUAGACGGCGAACAGAUAUUUUCAUUGUCCGUCGAAUUUCUUUUAAUAAUUCUUCAAAAAAGUUAAAUUUCUAAAAUUUUAAAUCUUCCAAAAAAGUAGAAUUUCUGUGCGAAAGAGUGGUUGUUAGCACAAUAUUGCAGUGCAACAAGUAUUGUCUUCCGUUUGCUUAACUCGGUUCGGCAGUGCUUUGUAAUAAUACGCUGGAACUGCUGAGUUUGCAGAACAAGUUCUCUGCCGAAUAACGUGAUUUUGGUUUUAUUCUAAAGCCUGCUUUACUGAAACUAAAAACAUAAAAAAAAGUUACUUGGCUACUCCCACUCCGUUAGCCUUAUCGGCGAAGCAACUUCGAAUGAGGAAUUUUAAUAAAAAUAAACCAAUACAUAUGCGAAAUAACAAGUGAAGUAAAUCAGUGCCAGAAACCGUCAUUGAAAACAGUCGCGUGAACGUUAAACAAAAAAGUAUUAUAUUUAUCAAAAAUCAGCAAAUACCCAAUGAAAGUUUAAUAAAUUUAAUAAAAAGAAGCAAAUAAGUUACAUUUAAUUGUACCGAACUACAAGUACAUAUAGAAACACAGGAAGAUAGAGUAAAUUAAGUGUGCACCCGGAUACACUACAACCCUAUAGGGGGAAGAAACAAAAACAAUGAUCCACAAGUGAAGACAAUCACCCAAAAGCGAUAAAAAAUGUUUGCAGUAGUAAAAAGUCACGACCAGCAAACAACAAAUUAGGAACAAAAAAACGCUAUAAAAUAACAAAGUGAAAAUAUUUUUUUUUGUGAAGUUUUGACGUCAAAAACAGUUUAAAGAGACACAACAAACUGUCGGAAGUGUCAAAAAUCGCGUAACUCAUAGGCAAAAUGCUCGCAAAGGCUAAAGUCCGUGGUGAAUAAGUAGAGACACAUUUUAUUGUAAUUGGAUGAAGACAGCAAAAAAUUGUCGCCAGCUAUAUGAAAAAUAGACAAAUGGCGGACAAUGACCUACUUAGAAAGUAGCUGUUGAUUUGUGCACUAAAAGUUCUUUUUAUGUUUACUCUGUUUAGCUAUUUGGAGCUUAAGUCUUGCAUCUUAGAAUUCUCGUUACAACGGUUAUAACCGCUACUCACCAACGUCAUCUUCGGCGUGCCACAGAGUUUGUGGCGGAAGUGCGUUUCGUACGUACAAUUCGUUUUAAUGUCGCUACUGCCCCCAACACAAGCCACAGCACCCGAAGCAUUGUCUAAAAUAAUAUUUAUAACGAUAAUGCCAAACGCCGCCAGCGAGCGGCAAUCCAAUGCAAAAGCGUGCAACUGAUGCUACUAUGCGGUGGAGCACAGUGUGUGCGACAAACACGAUAAACAAAAGCAACAUUAAUAACAAAGAUAGCAACACAACAAAGACAAUAAUUAAAAUAUUUCCUUUUAUUUGUGUGUAUUCGAAAGCAAAUCGCCGCGAAUCAAAUACAACAGAAAAACAAGCACAUCAAACGCGACACUAUGGAUGAGGAACGGAAGAGACGCGCCCAGGCAUUGGAGCGUGAGAUGCGCGAUCCACACAGUAUUUGCAACAUCGACUGCCUACUGGAUACAGUGAAUGCGUUGGUUAACGAUUGUGAUCAUGAAUCAUUGAAGCGUCUAAAGAAUAUCGAGCAAUAUGCCACCAAAUAUAAGCCGAUGUCAAAGCAGAUUUGCCAGCUGCGUAUGAAUGUCGAAGACUUUGAUUUUAUCAAACUGAUCGGCGCCGGCGCCUUUGGCGAAGUGCAACUGGUGCGACAUAAAUCCUCGCGGCAAGUGUACGCCAUGAAACGGUUAUCCAAAUUCGAAAUGAUGAAGCGUCCCGACUCCGCCUUCUUCUGGGAGGAGCGUCACAUUAUGGCACACGCCAAUUCAGAUUGGAUCGUGCAGUUACAUUUCGCCUUUCAGGAUGCCAAAUAUUUAUACAUGGUCAUGGAUUAUAUGCCGGGCGGCGAUAUUGUCUCGCUGAUGUCCAUGUAUGAGAUACCGGAGAAGUGGGCCAUCUUCUAUACAAUGGAGGUUGUGCUCGCGCUGGACACCAUACAUAAUAUGGGUUUUGUGCAUCGUGACGUGAAGCCGGAUAAUAUGCUGCUCGAUCAUCAUGGCCACUUGAAGUUGGCCGAUUUCGGCACAUGUAUGCGCAUGGGUCCCAAUGGCUUGGUGGUGUCGAGCAAUGCCGUCGGCACGCCGGAUUACAUCAGUCCUGAGGUGUUGCAAUCGCAGGGUGUGGAUAAUGAGUAUGGACGCGAAUGCGAUUGGUGGUCAGUUGGUAUUUUCCUGUACGAAAUGCUUGUGGGCGAUACACCAUUCUACGCGGAUUCGCUUGUGGGCACGUACGGUAAAAUUAUGGAUCACAAGAAUUCGUUGAGCUUUCCCGCUGAGGUGGAGAUUAGUGAGAGCGCCAAAUCGUUGAUGCGUGCGUUUCUCACCGAUCGUACACAGCGUUUGGGUCGGCAUGGCAUCGAUGAAAUCAAGGCGCAUCCGUUCUUCGAAAACGACACUUGGACGUUUGACAACAUACGCGAUAGCGUGCCACCAGUGGUGCCCGAGCUGUCCUCUGACGAUGAUACGCGCAACUUCGAGGAUAUCGAACGCGAUGAGUCGCCGGAGGAGGUGUUUCCCACACCCAAAUCGUUCGAUGGAAAUCACCUGCCCUUCAUUGGUUUCACAUAUACCGGCGAUUAUCAGCUACUCUCCAAUGACACUGUCGACGCCGAGGCAAAGGAGUCGGCGAAUGCGAUCGCCAACCACAGUCACCGGCAUCGUCCUUCCAAUUCAAAUGAAAUCAAACGUCUCGAGGCACUGCUCGAACGCGAGCGCAAUCAUUCCGAAACGCUGGAGAGGCAAGACAAGGCGCUGCGUCAACAAAUCGAACUGAUUAGUAAGCGUGAAGCUGAAUUGCAGCGCAUCGCCUCCGAGUAUGAAAAAGACCUGGCGCUGCGGCAGCAUAACUACAAAGUGGCCUUGCAGAAAGUCGAGCAGGAGAUAGAUCAACGUAAAAAGACUGAGGCAAUGCUCGCCGAGGCGCAGCGCAACCUCGACAACGAGCAGAAGAUACGCACACGCGAGAUGAACAAUAAUCUGCAUCACAAUGAGAAGAUCGUCACGCUGGAGAAACAGCUCAAAGAAAUGGAGGAGAAUUUCAAGAACGAGAACGAGCACGUGCAAAGACUCAAAAAGCAGGUGGCCGAAUUGGGUUUAACACAACAAGAGUUGGAGGGCAAACUGGCGCAAUUGCAGGCAUUGAUUGCCACCUUACAAUCUCAAAAGGAUGCGCUGCAGCAAGAAGUAGCCGAAACGCAAGCGCAGCUGGCACAAGAGAAAAAUGGACGCUCACAGCUGAAAGAACAGGUCAAGGAGUCUGAGAAUAAACUGCAAACCAUGGCGAAUGACUUGGAACGCGUGUCGCAGCGCGAGCAGCAAGCGCACGAGGACAAUCGCGUGUUAACCGAGAAGAUCUCUGAUCUGGAGAAGGCGAAUGCUAGUCUGGACUUUGAGCUCAAGGCGUUGCAGAGUCGUUAUCAGCAGGAAGUGAAAGCGCACCAAGAAACCGAGAAGUCGCGCAUGCUCAGCCGCGAAGAGGCGAAUCUACAGGAGGUAAAAGCGCUACAGACCAAGCUAAACGAGGAGAAGUCAGCGCGCAUUAAGGCCGACCAAAACUCACAAGAGAAGGAACGCCAGUUAAGCAUGCUGUCGGUGGACUAUCGUCAAAUACAGCAACGCUUGCAAAAGUUAGAGGGUGAAUGCCGCCAAGAAACGGAGAAAGUAAUGGCGUUGCAGUCGCAGAUCGAACAGGAGCACUGCAAAAAGAACACACUGCUAUCCGAGCUGAGUUUGCAGAGCUCCGAAGUUGCGCAUCUGAAAUCGCGCGAAAACCAACUGCAGAAGGAGGUCAGCUCCUUGCGCGAGGCGAAGCGUAAAUUCGAAGAGGAAAUUUCGCAAAUCAAAAACACGUUGAACAAGGAAAUUCUCUUGAAGCGCGAAUAUCAGGAUCAACUGGAAGCCGAACAGUAUUUCUCACGCCUCUACAAAACACAAGCGAACGAACAUCGUGAAGAGAUAUCGGAGCGCUGUCGUGAAAUACAGGAUCUGAAAGAGGAACGCACGUCGCUUAAACACCAAGUACAAGUGGCUGUGGCGCGUGCGGACUCUGAAGCGUUGGCGCGCUCCAUAGCUGAGGAGACCGUGGCCGAUCUGGAGAAGGAAAAGACAAUCAAGGAGUUCGAAUUGAAGGACUUCAUGACCAAAUAUCGCAAUGAAUUGGCAGCGAAGGAGGCGGCUCUUACGACGGCUAAGGAAACCGAAACCGAGUAUGUCAAAAAAUUGAACCAGAAGAACGCGGAAACCGACGAACUCUUGCAACAACAAAAGAAACUGCAAGACGAAAUGUCGCAACUGCGCGCCACCAAGGACGAAGAGCUCGCCAAGCUCAAGGAGAAACUGCAAACCGAAAUGCUGCUGAAGCAGGUAGCUGUCAACAAACUGACCGAGGUGAUGAAUCGGCGCGACACGGACUUGCAAAAGCAAAAAGGCAAAGCGCGCUCAUCCGCCGAGUUGCGUAAGAAGGAGAAAGAGAUGCGUCGACUGCAACAAGAGCUCUCACAAGAGCGCGAGAAAUACAACCAGUUGUCGCAAAAACUGCAAGACGUGCAGAGCCAGAUCAUCGAAGACAGUCAUAUCAAGCAAAAGCUACAAAUGGAAAUCGACUGCAAAGCCACGGAAAUCGAGCAGCUGCAGUCGAAGCUCAAUGAAACCGCCUCUUUGUCAUCAGCCGACAAUGAUCCCGAGGACACCCAAGUGCUUGAUUCGGUGUUCGAGGGCUGGUUAAGUGUGCCAAAUAAACAGAAUAUACGCCGUCACGGCUGGAAGCGGCAAUAUGUGAUUGUGUCAUCGCGCAAAAUUAUCUUUUACAAUACCGAAAUCGACAAACAGAAUACAAUCGAUCCUGUGCUUAUAUUAGACUUAAGCAAAGUAUUCCACGUGCGUUCUGUGACGCAGGGUGAUGUGAUACGCGCCGAUGCCAAAGAGAUACCACGCAUUUUCCAGCUACUCUAUGCCGGCGAGGGCGAAGCGCGGCGUCCAGAUGAACAAAAUCAAUUGGAUAUCAGUCAGUUGUUGGCGGACGAACGGCCCAGCACCAUUAUGUAUAAAGGUCACGAAUUCGUGCACAUAACAUAUCAUAUGCCAACGGCCUGCGAGGUCUGUACAAAACCACUGUGGCACAUGUUCAAGCCACCAGCGGCGUAUGAAUGUAAACGUUGCCGCAAUAAAAUCCACAAGGAGCAUGUAGACAAUAAUGACCUGCUGGUGCCGUGCAAGCUGCAUCACGAUCCGCAUACUGCCAAAGAAAUGCUGCUGCUGGCCGGCACGCCCGACGAGCAGCAUCUGUGGGUGACACGCCUCUCCAAGCGCAUACAGAAGUUCGGCUACAAAGCCAACUCGUCAUCGAACAAUAACAGCGGCGGCGGCGAUGGCAGCAAAAUAUCGCCAAGUCGACUGAAAUGGCAACCGUCAAUAACGUCACAACACUCACAACAAACACAACAACGGCACUCCUCACCGCCAACACCGCCACCAAAACCAUUGUCACUGCAACGGCAAAAAUCACAACCACCAAUAUUUUACAACAACAACAAAUGAAACGAAUGCACAAAUUGUAAUUGAAACUGUAAUAACAAUAACAAAAACAACAACAACAAUUGCUGUUGUGCAGCAGCAACUUUGCGGAACAGCAACAACAACAACUAAUAAGACUAUCAAAUAGCCUGCGCAACAGUUUUAUUAAACGCUUUCGUACAAUCACACGCGGCGAUUAGUGUGUGAGUUUUAUGAAAAAAUUUAAAAAAUAUAUAAUAACGGUAAUAUGUAUAUUGACUCUAAUAUAUUGAGUAGCGUAAUUCUUAAGAUACACAAUUCGCUAAGUAAUCAAAAAAAAAGAGAAAAUCCUUGGACUAAGUUUGCGCACAUUGCAGGAUUUUUCUUUGUACUAACAUAUUUUAGAAUAUAUGUAUAUGUAUGUAUAUUUAUUUUUGCUUUAAGUUCUUACUUGUUUUUAGGUUAUGUUGAAGUUGCUCAAGCUUUUGUACUUAAUAAUUUUAAAAAUAUAUUUAUAUAUUUAAUAUUUACCAUACAAAUUGUUCUAGUGCAUGGAAUUCAAAAUGAAAAGUCAAAAUUUAAUAUUUAAUUUUAAUGUUUUCAGUUUAGUAAAGCAAUUCAAGUGUUAAAUAUAUAAAUAAGUUAAAUACUUUUAAACUAUUUUUAUAUUUAAUAAAAUAUUGUAUAGUUUGUUUAGUGAAUUAUUACAAGGCGUCAACUAAAAUGCAAAACAACGUGUCGUCAAAAAUCAUGCAUAUGCAGAUGUAGCAUAAAAUUUUCAACUUCCACUGGCAGAUAUAACCAAUAUAUAACCAUUUUAUAACCAAUAUAUAACCAUUUUAUAACCAAUGUAUAACCAUUUUAUAACCAAAACUCAAAUUUUGUUUCAAAAUGAGUCGUUUCUAUUAUAUCGUUUUUUCUUCGCCUGUAAACUUAUGAAAAGUGAUGUUACGUUAUUUUGCAUUUUAGAUGACGAAAUUUUCUUGCUAAAAUGUUGCAAACAAUCCAAAAUAAUGGAAAAUUUCAAAAUACCAAAUUAAAUAUAAAAUCAUAUAAACAAAAAAUUGUGUAUUUUGAAUUUUUUUUAUCAAUACAUUUCAUACAUAAGUAUACAAGUAAUUAUAAUGCAUACAUAACUGUAUAUUUAUGCAAUUAGUGAUAUAGAAGAGUAUAUACAUACAUAAAUUUAAUAUUUAAUGCUAUAUAUAUUUAAAAAAAUUAGAAACAAAAAAUUAAAAAAUUAUAAAAAUCAUAAAAAUUACCAGAAAAAUCUAAAAAUAUAAACAUUUACAUAUUUACUAAUGAAAUAACAUUCCUAAUUAGUUUAUAAGCAAUAAGUAAUGCAUUUAUAAUCAAAACGCUGAAAGCGUACUAAUUCGUAAAUCGAAAGCCAACUAAGCAAUCAAAUUGUAAACGAGAAAAAAACGAAAUACAACAACAAAAACAGCAACACAAUCAAAAUGUGAACCAAAAAAUUUAAAUUUUUUUCUCACAAAAAUCUAUUUUAUUUUAUGGUUUUGUUUAUAGUCAAAAAGCGUCUUCAAAAUAUCACUUCGAGACUUAAAGAAAUUUUAUUAUUAUUAUUACACACAAUUAUUUUUUAAUAUAUUUUGUGCAAAAAAAAAAUUCUACUUGAUUCUACUUUAAAGCGUUUCAUCGAUCAACACGCGGCAUAUUUUCAAAAAAAAAAAAUAUAUAAAAAUUAAUUUUUUUUUCAAUAUUUUACUUGGGUUUCAUCGAUCAAAGAUCAAAAUACGGUAUAUUUUCAAAAUUUUUUAUAUAAAAAACUAUUAUUUUUUCAAUAUUUUUCCUUCAUAUAAAAAAUUAAAUAUUUUACUGAAAAAUGUUUUGUAGUUCCAAAAAUAUAUAUUCUGCAAAAAUUUUGGGAAAUUUUGGUCGGAAAAUAUUCAAAUAUCUCGGCCAUAACGACGCCAUUUCCGAAAGUCCCUCGAAAAAAGCUGCCUCCGCGUGGACAGCAGAACUUCUUUUUGCAACAUCAAAAGUAAAACAAAACACAAAAAUGCGAGUUUUAAUUUAGACCAUAAGCAAGAUGGACGAAAAAAAACAAAAAAUGUGAAAAUUGUAUUUUGGCAGACGUUUUUACAAAAAAAAACCCAAUUUUUAUGAAAAGUUCUAUAUUUGUUUUGAAGAGAUUAUAAUUGAAGAAAAAAAUCUUUGUUCAAGGGUUUGUUUAUAACUCGAAGACCUGUGUAAAAUUUCAGGCUUGUAUCUCCAAAACUAAUACUCGGAUGAACCCAUGUGACCCCUUAAGAUUUUUAGUUUUCGAGUUUCCCCCACAGUUUUGGAAUUUUCUGGUAUGCAACAAAUAUCUUUGCAUACUUUCAGGUGCUAUUUUCAGAUAUUUUAGUUGUAAAUAUUCGUUUAUUUGUUAAUGUCAAUCAAUUUGUUUUUUUUUACUCAAGAGGAAAGAGUUGCAUAUAAAGAUGUCUAAACCAUUUUUAUAGUUUCGUCGACUAUUUUCCGCAGUGAGUCCAACUAUUGGUUCGGUUACUAUAUAUAAUUUCAUUUGAUGACAACAACUGAUCUUAUUGAAUUUUGUCGCAGCCGACUUCACACUUAACAUUUUCAACGUUAAUUAUUUGAACAGCUGAUAUAUAAAAGCUUGUUUAUAUUAUAAAAAAUCCUCUUAAAUUGUUUGGAGUAUUUUUUGUUUGUUGCCCUAUCGAAGAUGGAAGGUAUUUUACUGUUUUACUAACAAAAGAGUAAACAUACAGUUGAAGCAAGGCGAAAAUUAUGUAAUGUGUACGGAGGGGAUGUGUUGACCGAACACUAAUACCAAAAAUGGUUUGCAAAAUUUCAUUUCGGAAAUUUCGACCUUGAGGAUGCACCACAUUCUGGAGGAACUCUUGAAGCCAAUGCAAAUAAAAUUAAGUCGAUAGGUUGCUGGAAGAUUAAAUUUGACUAACGCAACCGUUCACAAGCACAUUAAACGUCUAGGAUUAAUUACAAAGCUUGACAUAUGGGUUCCUCAUGUUCCUACAAAACGAAAUUCACUUUAACGACUGUGAUUUGCUUAUCAAACGUCGAAAAGGAUAUCAAUUUUUUUUGUUUAUUUAUUUGUCGGUUUGGUGGAAUUACAAAAGUAGGUAUUUAUUUUGAGCUUUUGUAUCACAAUAGAAAAGGUGUAGUGUUCCACCAGGAUAAUGCGCGACUCGUCAAAAGCGUUUGCAGUGUGAAUGGGAUUUGCUUUCACACUCUUCUCCAGACCUUCGGACUAUUACUUGACCGGCACAAGUGGUAAAAGUCUGGAAAAUGAAAAACGAUAAAAGAACCAUUACCUCAAAUCAAGAUCUUAAAAGCCAUUUGCAAAAUCUCAAAACGAGGUGACCGUAGUUUCGAAACCCCAAUUUCAAUGCCACUUUUCUAUUCAUGAACAAAAAACGGUGCUGGUUGACAUGAUUUCAUACCUUGUACUGAUCUAUAACAAACAAAUUUAAAAAAAUUUUCAUAAAUUCGUUAACGGAUUGACUUGCCAAAGAAAAAGAAAAUACUUACAAAAUGGCGUCGACUUUGAAAAAAAAUUUACACCCUUUUUAUCUUUUCGAAUUUUUUAAAGCAGCGAUAAAGCGAUAAAGAGAUGUAUAACAAAGAUUUUUUUUAUCAAAUUUCAAAGGAAUCGCUUAAGUAUAACUUGAGAUAUCAUGUCAACCACCUCAAAAAAAGUUGUUUCGAGAAAAACGCGUUUAAGGAGAAGUGGAUUUCUACGGGUAAAAAACAGUUUUUUUUCAACAAUUUUGUUCUCAUUCAUAAACAUACACUAUUAUCAAAGAAAUUCUGAAAUUUUUGGAAAAAAAUAUCUUAAAUUCGUGCAUUGCGACGCCGUUUCCGGUGAACUCUCAGAAAAAAAUGCACCCGCAUUGGCAGGAUAACUCUAUAAAGGAUCAUCUGAAGUGAAAAAAUACCUUAACUUGGACGCAGGAAAUUUUUGCAAAAAAAUUAAAAUUUCGCGAAAUUUUUUUUAAAUAGUUGUAAUCGAAAAAAAUCUUUCGUCCAAGUCUUUAAGAGUCAUAUCUCAAAGAUAUAUGUAAAAUUUCAUGAAGAUCGUUUGAGUAGUUCUCGAAAAAUCUUGCCAACCGACUACAAAAACACAGUUUCAAGAAAAACGCGUUUAAAGACGGCGCACAUAGCCUAGCUAGCCUCGAACGCACAAGUUCUCAAAGCUGCAUCUCCGAAACUUUUACUCGGACCAACUUGAAACUUUAGGACAAUAUUCUAGAGGUAUUGUCGAAUUUAAUAAGACAAUAAAAAAUUAGAUUUUUUGAAACCCAUAAACCUAUGUAACUUCUUAAAGGUUUACGGUAACUUUCACCGAUACAGUUGCCACGAUACUAAAACGGCUAUAACUUCGGAAAUGUUUUGAAUUUUGAAAAGUUCUUUAAAUGAGAUAUUUUUUAAUACCUAAACUAUCGAACUAUGAAAAAAAAUAUAUUUUUUUCUUCAAAUCUCAAGAGCAGAAAACCACCAUAAAAAGUUAUACCAAUUUACAACUGACAACUCAACUAAAUAGAAAGUUGUGCGUAAUAAGAGAAUAAGUUGUGUCUGUCUGUCAAUCUUUUCGCAAACAUUGGUUUACAUUAUUUUUUGUGUUUGAGACAUUAAAUAUAUCUAUUAUUUUCUUCUCCCCUUUUUCAUAAGAUUAGUCAAUGUGUUGUCAAUAUUUACUAAAAUCUCUUUCACGUGCUCUCUUAUUUGGUUAUAUGCGGACUUACUUUACGGAAAGGUUACUUAGAAAUAUUUGAUUUUCUUAUUUUGUAACUUAAACUCGACGCAUACAUAAAUGUUUGUAUAUAUAGUAAUUAUAUCAAUGAAAAGCCAUAAAUAUCUGGCAGCAAAUAAUAAUUCAGCAGCAGCUGUGAGCAUAUCACUUAUGUAUAUCUUAUAAUAAUUAAUUACGCAAAGGCAUACUUAAGCAAUGUUACUUUAUAGAAUUUACAAAACCUUUCUUUGCUUGUGACUUAUCUAGUUUAUUGUUUAUUGAUCAAUACAAAGUAAGCAUGAACUUAAAUAAUAAAAUUGUAAGCGAAACGCCUUGAUUAGUUGAUAAUUUAUACAAUUUGUAAUUAAUCACAAAUCUACUUAGGAAAACCCACACACACAUAUAUUCUUAUACAUACACAUAUGUAAGUGUGUCCAUAUGGACAUGCAAGUAAUCGUUAAGCGUAAAACUUUUGCAAUAUCGUAUUCUUAAAUACAUAGUGUUUAUUACAAUCGUUAUUUUAUAUCGUAUUAUGGUAGUUAGUAGUUAGCGCGACCGUUUAUAUAGAAUUGUAUACAAUUAAAUUCAAGCGCAAUAAAUCGCAAGCAAUUUUGUAUGAAAAUGUU